AUGCAAUUGGAAUUGUCAAUGCCAAAACUUGUGGGGGCAGAGAUGUCACCAAAUGACAUAAAUAGCACUGACAAAGAAAUGAAUUAUGACGAAUUCCAAAUUUUUGUCAUUGACAAUUUAGUAGAUGGUGAUUGGAGAAAACCAAUUGUAGAAUAUUUGGAAAAUCCAAUCGGGAGUGCUCCUCGAAAGAUCAAAUAUAGGGCAUCAAAUUAUGUGAUCAUUGGUAUUGAAUUGUUUAAAAAGACCCUCGAAGGAGUACUGUUGAAAUGCCUUAGUGAGAAUGAGGCCUACAUAGCAAUAUCUGAUGUUCAUAGUGGGGCUUGCGGUUCUCACCAAUCAGGCCAUAAGAUGAAAUGGCUUUUAGUUCGACAAGGCAUGUUUGGAAUUCCUGAAACUAUCACAACUGAUCAAGGUUCAGUGUUUACUGGUCGAAAGAUGCAAGAAUUCGCCAGAAAUUCCCCCAAAGAAUCAACAAACUCUACUCCAUUUCGAUUAACAUAUGGUCAUGAUGCCGUGUUACCAGUAGAAAUUUAUUUGCAAUCUAUCAGAAUUCAAAGGCAAAUGGAGAUACCAACUGAUCACUAUUGGAGUAUGAUGUUUGAUGAAUUGGUUGAUUUAGACGAAGAAAGGCUAAGAGCGCUUGAUACUUUAAGUAGACAAAAAGAAAGAGUAGCAAAGGCCUAUAAUAGGAAGGUUAAAUCAAAAACCUUUGAAGUGGGGAAUUUAGUUUGGAAAGUUAUUUUGCCUAUGGACAAAAAAGAUAGAAUUUUAGGCAAAUAG